AUGACAGAAGUUAACCCUGUUAAAGAAGUGGCCUAUGGUGCCAUUAGUGGGAUCUGUGGGAAGUUCAUAGAGUACCCUUUGGAUACAGUCAAAGUUAGAAUCCAACUGUCAAAACAGUCGCACAUUGGAGCUUGGAAAACCAUCAAUUCCAUAUUCCAUAAUGAAGGAAUCUACAAUGGAUUUUAUAAGGGAAUUAAAGCUCCUUUAGCUGGGGCAUGCUUUGAAACAGCAGUGCUUUUCACAUCUUAUAAUUAUGCCCUUCUGUUUCUUCAUCCUAAAAGUGAACAACUGGACAGUGCUUCACUAUUGGUGAAAUGUGCAAGUGGUGGGUUGAGUGGUGUGGCUGGCACCAUCGUAUUGACUCCAGUAGAAUUGGUGAAAUGCCAAAUGCAAGUGUCUAAUUUGGUGAAAAAGACUCAACCUCAAAACAUAACUUAUGGUGCUGUUAUUAAAGAUAUUCUUCGUACCGAUGGGGUUACGGGACUAUUUAAAGGGUUUCAAUCAACUCUAAUACGUGAAGUGGUGGGGACUGCAAUUUGGUUUGGUACGUUUGAAUCAGUCAACCAGUACUUGGAACAAAAGUACCCCAAUAAAGAUUGGACAGUUUUGCUCAGUGGUGCAGCUGCCGGGAUAACGUUCAACACUAGCAUCUUCCCUAUUGAUACCAUCAAAUCAAAUAUCCAAACUUAUGACAUCUAUCAUCCUCACCAAAAGGGUAAGGAGUUAAGUACUUGGAAAAUGUCAUCUCAAUUGGUCAAAGAGCUUGGAAUCCCCAGGCUUUAUAAUGGUUUGGGAAUCACUUUAAUCAGAGCAGUGCCAGCUAAUGCCAUAAUCUUUUAUACUUACGAAUUCCUAAAGAAGAACUUUUAG